AUGGCUGAAGAAUUGAGCAAGAACUUUGAGACCCUCCAGCUCCAUGCGGGCCAGGAACCCGACCCGACCACAAACUCGCGCGCUGUCCCCAUCUACGCGACCACGAGUUUCACCUUCAAUGACUCGGCUCACGGCGCGAGGCUCUUUGGCCUCAAGGAGUUUGGCAACAUUUACAGCCGUAUCAUGAACCCCACAGUCGACGUCUUUGAGAAGCGCAUCGCCGCGCUCGAGGGCGGCGUCGCGGCCCUCGCAACCUCCUCGGGCCAGGCCGCCCAGUUCAUCGCCAUCAACGCCCUCGCGCACGCCGGCGACAACAUCGUCUCCACCUCGCUGCUGUACGGCGGCACCUACAACCAGUUCAAGGUCUUCCUCCCCCGCCUCGGCAUCCACACAAAGUUUGUCGACGGCGACCGCGUCGAGGAUAUUGCCGCCGCCAUUGACGAUAAGACCAAGGCUGUCUACGUCGAGAGCAUCGGAAACCCCAAGUACAACGUCCCCGACCUCGAGGCUAUUGCCAAGGUUGCGCACGAGAAGGGCGUUCCCGUCAUUGUCGACAACACCUUUGGCGCAGGCGGCUACUUCAUCCGCCCCAUCGACCACGGCGCCGACAUCGUAGUCCACUCCGCGACAAAGUGGAUCGGCGGCCACGGCACAACCAUUGGCGGCGUCAUCGUCGACAGCGGCAAGUUCCCCUGGGAUAACGGCCGCUUCCCGCAAAUGACGGAGCCCUCGGACGGCUACCACGGCCUCAAGUUCUGGGAGACGUUCGGCCCCAUCACCUUCAUCAUCCGCGCCCGCGUCGAGAUCCUCCGCGACCUCGGCGCCUCCCUGAACCCCUUUGCCGCCCAGCAGCUCAUCAUCGGCAUCGAGACCCUGUCGCUGCGCGCCGAGCGCCACGCGCAAAACGCCCUCGCGCUCGCGAAGUGGCUCGAGGCGAGCGACUAUGUGAGCUGGGUGUCGUACCCCGGUCUCGAGAGCCAUCCGUACCACGAGACGGCCAAGAAGUACCUCAAGCGCGGCUUCGGUGGUGUGCUGAGCUUCGGCGUCAAGGGCGGUGGCGAUGCCGGUAGCCAGGUUGUCGAUGGCUUCAAGCUCAUUUCUAACCUCGCCAACGUUGGUGACUCCAAGACCUUGGCUAUUCACCCCUGGACCACCACCCACGAGCAGCUCUCCGACGAGGAAAAGACGAGCUCCGGCGUCAGCGAGGACCUCAUCCGCAUCUCGGUCGGCACGGAGCACAUUGACGACAUCAUUGCCGAUUUCGAGCAGUCCUUCAAGAACGCCUCCUCCGCCUCCACCACGGGCAAGCCCGCUCCCGCGGCCGAGACCAAGCAGGACGACGCGCCGCUUGCGCCGUAG